AUGGACCAUCGAGGCACUGUUGCCCAGGUGGAGACUGCUCUGGACGCCUCCCAGGGGACAGUGGACGGCAGCACCUGCCGCAGCACGAGACACAGAGGGUGCACUGCAGGGAGGCGUGAGGGCAGAGGCCAAACCGAGGAGGCGGCCGGCUCCCGCUCGCUCUCUCCCCCUGAGCAGAGAUGCGGCCUGGAGCAGAGAGCAGAGAGUGUCUGGGCUGCAGUGGCCGCGGGACUGUGGGUCCUGUGCACGGUGGGCGCGGCGACACCCCCCUCCCCGCGCUGCCUGCUCUCGCGCUACCGCUCGCUGGAGCCCUGGACCCUGGCGGCGGUCAAGGGGCUAAGGGUCUGCUACGAGGAAGAGGCGCUGAGCUGGGGGCCGCGCACCUGUUCCUUCCGCCCCUGGAGGGAUCCUCCGCGGCCGUCGCUCGAGCUGGCACGGCCAGGCUCGUCCAGGAAGGUCCCCGGGGCCCCGAGGAGGCGUCAUAAACCGCGGAGAGCUGACUCACCUCGGUGUCGCGAAGUCAGCGUGGUCUUCAACCUCCUGCGCUUGCUCACGUGGGAGCUCAUGCAGGCUGGGAGCUGGGGGACUUGCCUCUGA